CAUUCACUGUUCGUUUAUUCGGAACACUUCAUUCCCAUCUAAAGGGUUUUAGCUAUUAGAAUUUUACACGAUGGCUGCGGCCGGAAAACUUCUCUGUCGGAUUUCGGGCAUUACAAAGUCUGGAGUAAGGUCAUGUUACACCACAACACGUAAAAAUUUGAUGAUAGACAAAAAUACCAAGGUUAUCUGUCAGGGAUUUACAGGAAAACAGGGAACCAUACACAGUCAGCAGGCUAUUGAGUAUGGGACUAGAAUGGUUGGCGGUGUGUCCCCUGGUAAGGGUGGCCAGGUUCACUUAGGUCUCCCUGUCUUUAACUCAGUCCAAGAGGCUAAGGAUAAAACGAACUGUGAUGCUUCCGUCAUCUAUGUGCCACCACCAUUUGCAGCUGCAGCCAUUGUUGAAGCCAUUGAUGCAGAAAUCCCACUAGUUGUCUGUAUCACAGAAGGAAUUCCCCAGCAAGACAUGGUCAAAGUCAAACACAAGCUUGUACGACAGAAUAAAACUAGACUCAUUGGACCCAAUUGUCCGGGCAUUAUUAAACCUGGAGAAUGCAAGAUUGGAAUCAUGCCAGGUCACAUUCACCAAAGGGGGCGUAUUGGAAUCGUGUCCAGAUCCGGAACCCUGACCUAUGAAGCUGUCCACCAGACCACCAUGACCGGGUUGGGUCAGACCCUGUGUGUGGGCAUUGGAGGAGAUCCUUUCAAUGGAACCAACUUUGUAGAUUGCCUGGAGGUGUUCCUAGCAGACCCAAAGACAGAAGGAAUUAUACUAAUUGGUGAAAUUGGUGGCGGAGCCGAAGAAAAAGCAGCAGAAUACCUCAGAAACAACAACUACGGUCCUACUGCCAAGCCUGUUGUGUCCUUCAUUGCUGGGCUGACUGCCCCACCCGGUAGGAGAAUGGGCCACGCAGGUGCUAUCAUUGCCGGUGGUAAAGGAGGGGCCGACGAAAAAAUAGCAUCCCUGAAGGAAGCUGGUGUAACGGUCACAAUGUCUCCAGCGGAAAUAGGAAAAACUAUGUUAGAGACUCUCUAUCCACCAGUUGAAGUCGAUGGAGGUCCUGAGGUAUAAACGACACUAACAGAGAAUGGGAGGAGGUGAUCACUAAUGACGUCACGUGAUGAGUUAAUGAGGACAACAAAUCGAUCUGUCGGUGAAAUACCAACCAUUGAAUUUAAAAAAAAAAGAUGUGUGAUUUAUUAUAAAACCGCUUUGGUAUGAAACUAUUAAAAUAUCUGUGGAAUUAAGCAAAUGAUGAUUACUCAUGCAUUGAUGAUGAAAUCACUAAAUACCAAUGUUUCUGCUGCAUAGCGCUGCUUCUGUAUAAUUAUACUUCGUAAGAAAAAAAGUGUUGAAAUUUAUGUUAUUAGAAUUUUGGAGAAAUGAUUAUUUAUUAUGGAAUUGAUAUUGAAUGAAUAAAAAAAGUAUUUUAUCUUCCGUCGGAAGAAUGAAUGAU